AGUCCACUUUCACAUACACAAAAGCCAAAAUUUCCCUCACUAACAAGAAAGGAACAAAACCCACAUCCCAUAAUAUCUUUUUACACCACUCUCUCUUCACUCUUCCUCGAGCUAAUAUAAAAACCAUAUAUAUAUACACAUACCAUAUCGUCACUUCACUUACAAUAUAUCCCAACAUCCAUAUUUUUCUUUGCAGAAUCCAAAUGAACCCCAUUAACCCAAAAAUAUCAAACAUUUAAGUAGUACUAGUAAUAGUACUUCUUCUUCUUCCCUUGGCACAAUACAAGUACUUAGUUUAUUAUUCCCUGCCAAAAAACAAAACAGUCUAGCUCACAAAGUGUUUGAUAAAAAAAAAAUGAGAGGAGGAAUUUGUACAGUACAGCAGGCUCUCACUGCCGAGGCUACCAGCUUAGUGAAACAAGCUGUUAGCCUUGCAAAAAGGCGAGGCCAUGCCCAAGUGACUCCUCUCCAUGUAGCAAGUGCCAUGCUUGCAACCUCAACAGGACUUCUUAGAAAGGCCUGUUUGCAGUGCCAUUCUCACCCCCUUCAGUGCAAAGCACUUGAGCUUUGCUUCAAUGUGGCUCUCAACCGCCUUCCUGCAUCUAGUCCUAGCCCAUUGUUAGGCCCUCACUAUGUCAAUCCUUCCUUUUCCAACGCCUUGGUUGCUGCCUUCAAGCGCGCUCAAGCGCACCAGCGCCGUGGUUCUGUUGAGAACCAGCAGCAGCCUAUCUUAGCUUUGAAAAUAGAGUUGGAACAGCUUAUCAUUUCUAUCUUAGAUGAUCCAAGUGUUAGUAGAGUUAUGAGGGAGGCUGGUUUUUCUAGUACUCUAGUGAAAAGUAGAGUAGAACAAGCUGUUUCUUUAGAGGUUUGUUCCCAAAGUCCAGGUAGUAAUAAUGGUCAGUCUAAGGAGAGUGUCAAGCCUCUUAAUGGUCUUAUUGGCUCUCAUCAUCACGUGUCUCAGUCCUUACCUUCUAGUCAGUAUCCUGUUUCGGUUAGCAAACCUUUUGAUCAAAUUAGGCAAGAGGAUGUGAAUAAUGUGUUGAAUGUCAUGUUGAACAAGAGAAAAAACACUGUUAUUGUGGGAGAGUCUUUGGCUACAGCAGAGGGUAUAGCUAGGGGAGUGAUGGAGACAUUUGAGAGAGGAAAUACUUCUGGGAAUUAUAGAUACUUGCAGUUCAUCAGUUUUCCUCUCUUCUCUUUAAGAAAUAUUUCAAAAGAGGAGGUUGAGCAGAAGCUGAUGGAGCUUAGGUGUGUUGUUAAAAGCUAUAUGGGAAGAGGGGUUGUCUUGUACUUAGGUGAUCUCACAUGGGUUUCUGAGUUCUGGUCCAGUUGUUCUCAGCAAAGAAGAAACUCCUACUUUGCCAUGGACCAAAUAUUCAUGGAGCUUAAGAGGUUGGUCUCCGGAAUAGGGGACACCAGUGGUAGAGUGUGGCUGAUGGGAAUCUCAACCUUUCAAACUUACAUGAAAUGCAAAACAGGCCACCCUUCACUUGAGACGAUUUGGGAACUUCAUCCUCUUACAAUCCCAGUUGGAAGCUUGAGCCUAAGUCUCAAGUUUGAGAGUGAUGUGGAAGCUGAGGUCAGUACUAUCAUGACAUCCAAAGAUAAGUCUGGUCUUGAAACUGCAGAAGAGAAUAAUAAGCACCUAAUAAGUUGUUGUGCUGCCGAUUGCUCCUGUAAUAAUCUUGACAAACGCAAUAUUACCAACUCUAGUACUGUCUCAACAUUGCCCUCAUGGCUCCAAAAAUGCACAGAAGAGAACAAAAAAAACACUACCAAAAAUCAGGAAUAUUGUAUCACUGUUGGGGAUCUAUGCAAGAAAUGGAACUCAUUUUGCAGUUCAGGCCCUAAUAAGUACUCAAACUUUGCUGAGAAGCCCUUCAACUUUUCAUCAUUGUCUCCUACAAAUUCACACGAUUGCAACCAGGGAUUGCAUGAUCAUCAGUCACAACAGAGUAGGCCGGUUACUACUUUUGGGCCCAAACAGCAGUCACCAAAAGAGUACCAAUUCUGGGUUUUGGAAAACAGUGAUGAUGGUUAUGAAAGCAAUGUGAAAAUGUUCAUUCCAGAAGAAAAUGAUGAUGAGCCAGCUGUAGCUAAACCUGAACUCCUAUCAAAUCCCAACUCUAGUCCAAAUUCAGCUUCUUCUAGUGAAGUAAUGGAGGAGGACCAAGAUGAAGAUCUCCCAAGUUUCAAGGAGCUAAACUCAGAGAACCUGAGAAUUCUUUGUGAUGAGAUGGAGAAGAAUGUGCCAUGGCAGAAAGGAAUCAUUCCUGACAUUGCCACAACCAUUCUUCAGUGCCGUUCAGGAAUGAGCCAGAGAAGAGGCAAAUUCAAACUCAAGGAGGAGAAAGAAGAAAGCUGUUGGCUCUUCUUUCUUGGUGCUGAUUCCAAAGGCAAAGAGAAGAUUGCAAGAACGUUGGCCAAACUUGUUUUUGGCUCUCAAAAUGAGUUUGUCUCCAUUGGUCUGAGCAGCUUUUCAUCAUCAACUAGAGCUGAUAACUCAACUACUGAAGAAUAUUCCAAGAUCAACAAAAGGACUAGAAAUGAAUCGGGUUGCAGUUAUGUACAAAGGUUUGGUGAAGCAGUGAAUCAGAAUCCUCACAGAGUGUUUUUCAUGGAAGAUUUGGAAGAAGUUGACCAUUAUUCUCAAAAGGGUAUCAAGAAUGCGAUUGAAAGUGGAAGAAUAACACUUCCAGAUGGCGAAACUGUUCCCCUUAAAGAUGCCAUUGUCGUUUUCAGCUGUGAAAGUUUCAUGAGUUCAGUGUCCAGGGCCAGUUCUCCCACAAGAGGCCAAAAAUCAUCUGAUGCAAUAAUAAUCAAAGAGAAUAAUGAUGAUGGACCUGACACAGAGGACAAAACCCCCUGUGUUUCACUUGAUUUGAACAUUGCAUUUGAAGAUGAUCACCAUGAAGAUCAUGAUGAGGAUUCAGAUUCCCACGUUGGUUUACUGGAAGCUGUUGAUAGGAAAUUUAUUUUCUUGGGUUAAGAAUUUUAACAAGGAGGGAACAUUGGGAUUUCAUUUAUUAUCAGUUAACUUUUAAUUGCAGUUUUUUUUUUGUUCCUUUUUUUAAGAAUUACAUUUAGGUUUUUACAAGUGCUUGGUUGGUUGGUGGUAUGGUAUAUGGGACUUACCUAGGAAAACACAAUGUUGUUCACUUUGUAUUUUUACGAUGUAGUGACGAAUAUAUAUAGUCUGAGUAAUUAACAAUGUGUAUAUUAAUUUCUCUCUACUCAUCCUUUAUUUAAUUUA